UCACCUUUUUUUUUUUGUUUUCGCGGGUUAUAAAUUAAAAUCAUUUAAAAUUGAUUAAAAAUUUAAAGAAAUCAUGUUUACUUCAAGCAUAUGCUCUGGAUAUGAGUUAGUUUUAGGAGAAAUGGCCCACAAAAGGCCCUUUCUCGAUAAUUUGGAUGCGAAUAUAUUACCUUGCGGUGGUCUUAAACCCAAAUCUCUUGUGGAAAUAUCAGGUGCUUCUAAUACAGGCAAGAGUUUAGUGCUCAAUCAAUUAAUAGCACGCUGCUUACCGCCUACCUACUUUGGUGGAAAAUAUUGUGAUGCUAUUUUAAUUGAUCUUGGCCAUAAGUUUUCUGUUCAACAUUUUGAAAAGCUUGUCACACGCGUCAUAAAUGAAUCUGGAGAAAAAUGUACACCAGCCGAGAACAUAACAGUGAUUCAUAACUGCUUAAACUCAGUUACAGCGCUUAACUGUUAUACUGCAGAAGAUUUCGAUUUAGCCUUCGAUAUAGUUGAAGAUAUUUUAUGGGAGAAUCAAAAUGUUUCAUUAUUAGCAAUAGACACUUUGGAUGCCUUUUAUUGGGCAGAUACGCAUAAAAAACUCGUCCGAAUGACCACACAUUACAAUAAAUUAGUAACUAAACUGAAGCAACUAUGUGAAAAGCAUAACAUUUGUUGCAUCUACACGGUGGAUAUAAAUUAUAUUGAGCCAAAAACAUUGUAUCUAAUGAAGCAAAACGCAUCAACACUGUCUAUGAUUGAUUAUAAAAUAAAGCUUAAAAUGCUUGCAGAUGGAACUAGAACGUUGAAUGACAGAAAAAUCAUUGUUGAUAAAAUGGGAAUACAUCUUACUUAGAUAUUUAAAAUAUAACUUA